AUGAAAUCAAUAUUAAUAGGUUUAUUCUUGUUGGUUUCGUUACUGACCAUAAGUUCAGUCAAUGGAUUAAAUAUGAGAAGUUUACAGUUUCUCAAAUCACCUGAUCUAUCUUGUAUUAUUAAUCCAUACUCUGGAUCAGCUAAUCAAGAAUUCAGAAUUACAGAUGGAUCGCUUGGAUCCUUUAGUAUAAGUAAACCAAGCAGCCAAACCAAAGCAACUUCAAUUAUCAGUGGAAACUACAAGAUGCCAUCUCCAUGUAUAAACAAUACUCAGCUUGCUCAAUUCUUUGGUCUUUCUUCUGGAAAUCAAGGUUUUGCAUCAAUGGUUCAACAUUUCAAUUGCAGAGGUGAAGGUCCAACUUGCGAAACUUUCAAACUAGACAGACCAACAGCAGGUGUUUGUAUAUUAGUUGCCAAUGUCGAUGCCGAUGACAAGUUAAUUGUUCAGUCAAGUAGCAUGGGAGUUGCUAUUCCACAAACUAAAUGGAAUUUCGUAUCUCAAGGUAUCUUUGACCCGAGUGGACCAAACUGUGCUCCCAUAGAUUCAAAGGCAACCACUAGCAAUUUGAUACUGGGUUGUUAUUCCAAAGAUUGUGCAAAUCCAAACUACAGCAUCUACAGAAUGAAUGAUACUGUAGAUAAUAUCACUUUUUGCUAUGAAUCACAUUCAGAGAAUGGAAUGGUAUCGUAUGCAGUGACUGCAUGUCCUGUGUCACAAAGACCAACACCAGUAGUUGGUGUUAAAUAUGCAGUGAGUGGUAUUGCCUUUAGAGAUCUGAACAAAAAUGGAAUCUAUGAUAUUGGUGUAGAUAUGCCUUUACCUAAUAUUAGAGUCAACAUAAUAAAUGAAAAUACAGGACAAGUACCAUUCGAUGCAUUCAACGAUCGGGUCGCACCAGCUAUUACAAAUUCCUAUGGAUAUUAUAUUUUCCAAGCGCUUCUGGGAGGAUGGUAUACUGUUAAUUUUGAAUUCAAAGGAGGAUCAGUUGUAACUCAAAUGCCAUCUACUAUCCAAACAAUGCCAAAAACCAGCAAAAUCUACGAUAACUUCAAAACAUUUAAAUUUAUAUUAAAUUCAGAUCAAACUGUUCCGGUUUCAUCAGGAGAGAUUGAUCCUAUAACAGAUACAUCAAGAAUUCUAAGAGACAUGAAUGGAGGAAUCAUAUAA